CCAUGUUCCGUAGAUGUGGGGCCCCCGCACCGUUCGGACCGCGGCAUUGAUCUCCAACUCUGACGUCCCACGCUCCCACACGGCAUCUCUAGCUCAACGCUGAUCAGUAAUCACAACGUCCCGCGGGCGAAAUACCGAGAAUGACCUCACUGAUGCGGACUUUACGAAUCUAUCUGGCUUCAGUCAAGACAUGAAUGAUAUAAUCGAUGCUUUCCCAAAGAGCAACAGUCAUAGCUUGCGUAUCUAUCAACUUCCCUCUGCUCAUUUUGUGUCCUCUUUGUUACCUCAGCUCGUGUAUAUCGGGAGAUUUGCAUUCAGCCAAAUACCAUUGCACGUUUCAACACCAUGGCCCCCUCAAUAGACAAACCAGUAGCGACCUCCCCCAUUGACAAGCCAGUGGCUCUCGUGAUCGGUGCUUCUCGCGGAAUAGGACGUCAAGUAGCCAUUGACCUGGCCAAGAAAGGAUACGCGGUCGUCGUCUCCGCAAAAUCCACCACCGAUCCCUCCACCCUCGCGUCCCUCUCCCCUUUCCCGCCGGACCCCAACUCCGCCCUCUCCACCAUCACCACCGUCGCCCACGAGAUCACCACUCUCCACUCGGGCACUGCCCUCGCCAUCCCCUGCGACACCAGCGACCCCACCGGCUUAUCCCUCAAGGCCCUCGUCGCCUCCACCAUCAAAGCCUACGGCCACCUCGACGUCCUCAUCUACAACUCGGGCGCCAUCUGGUGGUCCUCCGUCUCCUCGACUCCGCUCAAGCGGUACCAGCUCAUGCAGCGCGUCAACGCCGACGGGCUCUACGCAGCUAUCCAGUUCGCCUUGCCGUAUCUGCACGAGUCCACCUAUGGCGGGCGAAUCGUGGUGGUCUGUCCGCCCAUCUAUUCUCGGUUUUUCCGGGGCAAAACGGCCUACGCCAUGGGCAAAGUCGCCAUGUCCGUGCUCGUCAAGGGGUUGGCCAUGGAUUUUGAGCGCGAGAGCGUGGUCCUUCCCAAGACGGCGACGGGGGAAGGCGAUGGUGUCGUGACGAGAAGAAAAGGCAUGGCGGUGAGUGGGAUCUGGCCGGCUGUGGCGAUUGAGAGCGCUGCUACUACGGCCAAACAGCAGGAAGAUAAUCAGCACCACCCGGAGGAGUUGCGGGGGAAUUUGAGACAUGCGACGAUCUUUUCGGAUGCGAUUUUGGGGGUCUUGGAGAGUCCCGCGGAAAAGGUGAAUGGGGAGUUAUUGCUGGAUGAGGAUUUCCUCAGAAAGCAGUGUGGGGUGAAGGAUUUUGAAAAGUAUAGUGUUGUGCAGGGUAGUAGGCCGAGACGGAUCAUGCCGAGAGUGUUGCCGGAUUUGACGGUGGAGGAACAAGAUGAUGAGGGGGCUAGGUAUGAUAGUGCGAAGGAGAGGAAGAAGAAGAAGAAGGGUUCGAAGCUUUAGGUCUGCGGGUUGCUGGAUGAGAGCCAAGUGGUUACCUGUGAUGGUUGUUUGAACUUUGUGUGAAUUUGGUGUACUUGUAACGACUUUUUUGGGUACUGAUGAUAUAAAGAAGAUUUCAUGACCUCCAACCCCA